GUCAGAUGCUUUCCUUGUUCUGGGUGAACUGCCCCAAUGCCCAUUUCUAAGCACUGCAAUAGCCAAAAACUCAGGAGUAACUUCUUUUGGACAAGGAAUAAGGACAAAAUCGAGAAUGCCUUUAAAAUGGGCAUCUGAUACAAGAAUGUUAUAGGAUGACUCUUAAAAACAUGUUUGAUCUAGUAAGAUCUAUUUUAUCUCCCCAGCUGACCUAACAGAAACAACCUAUCCUAAUUCUAGGCAUAACAUAAAAACAAUACUGAAAAUACUCAACAGGUGAGGCAACAUCUGUGAAGAGACAGACAAUUAACAUUUCAGGCCAAUGACAUUUGUAGGAUUAGUAAAUCAAUUAUAUACUCUGGUUUGUUUUUCAAUAAUCUUUUACCAAAUACAGCAUAUCACCAGCUGACUUUUUCAGGAAACAUGAUCAAUUCCAAUAUGGCACAAAAAGAAUUCAAAGAAGCAUUUAUCAGUAACCUAAGUGGUACUACAUUGGCUGAGAAUUUAUUGGGUUUAAUUCUGUCUGCAUUAUGUGUUACCUGCCGAGGACUAAUAUUAAUGUAUUUUGUUGGACAAAGUGCAGCAUCAUCAUCAUCAUCAUCAUGGAAAAGACUGCUGUUGAUUGAUUUUAUUGUGCUGGUGGCAUCUCUUGUAUUGUCCUGCACGGUUUUGUCAGAUAUACUUCAUUGGGUGGUGCUGGUUCUAGCAGCUGUACUUGUGCUAUCUUUGUUUCAGAUAUACAGUCAAAGAAAACAGUAUUCCCAUCAACACUUCAAAGAAGUCAUAGGAUCUUUUUUGGAAACCAGCUUGGAUAUGAAUUACAUUCCCUUUGUCACUUUGUUUCGGGUCUUUGUUAACAUAAAGACUGGCAUCAGCAUUCUAGCUGUGGACUUUCCAAUAUUUCCAAGACGCUAUGCUAAAGCUGAAACAUAUGGGACUGGAAUUAUGGAUUUUGGAGUGGCAGCUUUUGUUUUUGCAAAUGCCCUUGUUUCUCCUGAAGUAAGACAGAGGAACAAAAAUAUAUCACAUUCCAAAUUUAGUUUUGUCAUUAAACAGAUCAUAGCAGUUUGGCCCUUGGUUUUCUUAGGAGUAGCUCGUCUAAUAAGUGUUAAAGCAGUGGAUUAUCAUGAGCACAUAUCUGAAUAUGGUUUACAUUGGAACUUCUUCUUCACACUGGCAAUAGUUAGGAUCCUGUCAUCUAUUCUUAUGAUAUUAUGUCCUGUUAGAAGUUCUUGGAUCUUGUCAGCUAGCAUUGCCAUCUGUUAUCAAUUAGUCCUUGAAACUACAAAUCUGAAGCAAUUUAUAUUGCAUGGAAGUGAUGGCAAAGGCACGAGGGUUGGGUUCAUUAAUGCCAACAGAGAAGGACUCUUUUCAAUGCUUGGAUACACAGCUGUUUACAUGGCUGGUGUACAGGCAGGUGUUUACAUAAUGAAGAAGAGGACAUUGGUUAUAGACUGGGUAAAAGUGCAAGGUUUCCUUUUGAUGAGCUUUUUGUUAUUGUGGCUGCUACUGCAUGUGUGUGAGGCUCUCAUAGAGACUGUAUCACGCCGGAUGGCCAACCUAAGUUUUGUUUUGUGGACAGUUGGGCAGAGUUUGUUUUUUCUGAUGAUUCACAUGCUGGCUGAUCUUGUUUUAGUAUUUGUCAAAGUUAUCUCAGGGAUUUCUAAUGUGCCAAGUUCAUGGAACAUUUUACUAGAUUCUUCCCAACGCGAGAAGGGUAGGACUUUGUUAAAAAGCAAUCCUUCCAGAAAGGUGGAUAAAACCACUAUACAUUUCUGUCUAAUUGAAGCUGUAAGCAGAAACCAACUGCUGUUUUUUCUGCAAUCUAAUAUCUUGACUGGUUUGGUGAAUCUUACAAUAGAUACUAUUCAUUGCAACACACUUACUUCUUUAUUUGUACUUUUGCUUUAUAUGUUCUGUAAUUGCUUCAUUGUCUACAUCUUACACAUCAAUGAUAUUACUUUAAAGUUUUGGUGAUCUGCUGUUUCCAUGAUUCACUUCCAUCAAAGUAAAAGCAUUCUGACACUAUAGGGAUCAGAGUUCUUGCACUUCAAUAAUAACCCUCUCUAGAACAUUAUACCUCACAACAUUUAUAACUCUGCAUGUGCAGGAUUUAUCUGUCUGUUGUUAAUCUACUUAUUCUCUGCAAAAAAUAAAGCAAAUUUUAGAUA